AUGCCGAGCUCGUGCAAAGAUAUCCGAAAAGCGCUCGCGCAAUGCCUGCAAGAAUCCGACUGCGUCAUGAUCCAGCGCAACAAGCCCGGCGACUGCCUCCGCCCCCCCCUCAUCGACACCAUGCCGACCAAGUGCCAACAGCUCAAGAAGGGGCUGGGCGAGUGCAAGCGCGGCAUGGUUGACAUGCGCAAGCGCUUCCGGGGCAACCAGCCCAUUUCCGUGAGCAAGGAGCUGGAGGCCGGCGAGAGUGCGGGCGGGGGCCAGCUGUAUGCCGGGAAGCCGGCUUUUGCGGGGACGGUCAAGAGUACGGAUGGCGAUGGGGAGGAGCCGAGAGAUUGGAGGGAGGUGGAGAAUGAGAAGUUUAGGAAAGGGCUGUGA